UUUUCAAAAAUCAAUUAUAUGCACAUCAGGCAUAGCGGGUGCCCAUAAAAUGGAAACCAAUUAUGAAACUCAACAUGACCCAUGCUAGUUAAAUUACUUCUUGAAAGAAAAAUGAACAAAGACAUUAUUGGAAAUUGAACUAUGAGUCAUAUAUCAAUAAAGAUGAUUUUCAAAGUGAUAUUUUUAUUAUAUUUGAAUGUGAGAUCAGUUGUGAUGUUGCGGCAUGAAAAAUCUGUUGCCGAAAAAGUGUGGAGUGAGCGCUGCGAAAGAAACACGAUCGCAUUGAACGACUGUAACUGGUGUUCUUGUAACGUGAAGAGUGCAUACACAUGCAAAGCUCGAGCUUGCGGUGAAGUCGAUAUGUUUGGCCAUUUUAAUGAUGCCAUAAGAGAUAUGGACGUAGGUAUGAAUGGCCAUGGCGUCUGGCGUUCGGAUGCCGCUGCUUGUGAGGCAGGAGUCCACUAUAGAAAGAAUGAGCUCCUCUGUGUAUGCACUGAAGAUGGAAAAUGGCCCAAUGCAGUGUGCCGCGACAUCUUCCAAAUCCUCCACCCCGUCGAAUCGACAGAUCAUAAAGAACCUACUAAGGACACUAACUGUUCUGCAACUAAACUCUAUCUGUUCGAUUGCAACGUUUGCUUCUGUCCAUCAAAUGGACGCAUCGAUCCUAAAUACUGCACAAAAAGGCAAUGUCACCAAGAAAACGUUGAGCGGUCUCACAAUACAGAAACUGUCGAUGAAGUAUACGCUAGCUGUACUCCUACCAAACACUAUAAGCUCGGCUGCCAAACCUGCGUCUGUCUCCGCAACAAUCGCCUCGUGUGCGACAAUUGUACUAACGAAGAAGAUCACAACUUGACCAUCGCCCAAAACACUAUUUGCUACCAAAAGACCCCAGGAGUGAUAUUCCAGAAAGGCUGUAACUUAUGUCAUUGUAACAAAAAAGAAACUAUUUAUUGUACAGCAAAAAAGUGUUUGCAGUAUCACACGAAGAUUUCCUUACCGCAGAUUGAAUACGAUCUGGUGGAGCAUAUUCAGGAUGAGUACAAUUGUAUUCCAGGAUCGAAGUAUAAAAAGGACUGCAACACGUGUCAUUGUUUCAUACACGAAGGAGUGAAGUACUUUGGGUGUUCUAUGAACUCUUGCAAAGAGCCAUCGGACGGUAAUGAUACAGAGACUUGUGUUGAGGGAACAUCGUACCAAGCGAACUGUUUGAUCUGUCACUGCGUUGUAGGUGAAGAUGGUGUGAAAAGAGAAUUCUGUCACAUCGACGAUUCUUGUAAAACUGAAGACAUUACAUCACCUCAGAUGCUGGCUUCAAUGCAUGGGUACUGUGAACCUUUACAUUUCUACCAGCAGGAUUGUAAUAAAUGCAGAUGUCUCGCAGAUGGUAAGACUGUGGCGUGCACAUCAAAGAUUUGCUCCAAGAAGUCAACGAAUGAAGAUGGUUUAACGCUUUCCAAAUCAAUUUUAUUAUCCUCAAGGACAGAGAACAAGUCUCAAGAUAAAUCUGUGAUUGUGGAGUUUAUACCUUUCGUCCAAAAAGAUAAUUUCUGUCCGAAAGGUCAGACUUAUAAGGUAGACUGCAAUGUUUGUUACUGCAUGAGGAACGGCAAUGCAGUGUGUACGACGAAGCAAUGUUAAGUGAAAUUAUAUCUGUC